CGUGCCGAUGACGUCGUAGAAAGUGAAAACAGCUUGUUGCUGAAUGCAAUGCAUGCCAGUAUGAAAAUUGUCUUGGAAGGAUAAAGAGCAAGGUUUUGUUUUCGGUUGACAGAAACACUUUCAAGGCAGAGAUACGACUGCUUGCAAACACACAUUAAUCAGCUGGCGGGAGAUUAUCAUUAAAAUAACCUAUGGAUUCUGAUCUGGAUGAAGUUGAUGACGACGUCUUUCAUCCAGACGAUGCCGAGGCUGGAGGUCCUGAGAAGACCAUAGUUUCCGUGCGCUGUCACUGUAGCUGCUCUCCACUCAAAGCACCACUCCAUUUCUCAUACUGCAGGGGCACCAGGUUCAGGGAGAUCAGGUACGAGAACAAGGAGACCCAGACGACAAGCCCCGUCAUGGCAAACAGAGACAUCAUGCUACCCUGCAGUGUUCAAGAAGAGCCUCUGAGACUUUUCUAUGGUAACGCAGGCUACCGAUUGCACUUCCCAGCGGAUUUUGAGCAGAAUCGGGAUGCCGUAGAGGACGAGCUUGUGGAGGAGAGGAACCAGGGAGGUGAGCAGCCAGUGCUAAGUGCCGAGGCUCGGAUUGGGCAGAAACUCCAGCAGAUAGGAGACCAGUUCCACAGGGAUUACACUCUAAUGCACCACAUAAACCAAAGGAACCAGCAGCCCAUGUGGUGGAGACUGGCAGUUACUUUGUUCAAUCUGCUCUUUGAAAGAGAAGGGAACAUAGUGAUGCCAGAUCAGAGGUGAGAUGGACACUGCACGCUCACAGAGGGACUUGGCUGCUGAUGGCACUGUAAGAUUGAACACGGGUUUAGACCAUAAACCACACACCGCGGGCCGGUGGCUGAUUUUAUACGCUCUCAAAUUUCCCAAGAGGAAGCCAUGUUGUUCUUCAGAUUCUUUCACAAGAACACGUCCAUAGUGUUUGUGAAUAACUAUUUUGUACAGUAUGUCAGUCUUUUGCACUUCUGUAAAUGUACAUCUUGAACAACAUGCCGCUAUAUUGGGAAUGCCUUAUUUUCCAUUUUUGUGUGGAAUCUUCUCAUAACUGUUAAAAAAAUAUAUAUAGCAGCAAAAAAUAUAUAGCAGUUGGAAAUUCGAUUUAACUGUGAUACCCUGGGACCAUUUCUCAAGUUUCCCAAGAUUUUUCCAAAUUGUUUCUAGUACUAUUUUUCUCCUGUCCCAAUUGUUGAAAACUGAAAGGUGUUUCGUUUUGUAAAACUAUUGUCAGCAGGUCACAUCCCACUUUUUCUGUGUGCUUCUGUAAGUCUGGGAGUGAACCAGCUACCUCACGGCCCCCCUGCAAGCAUUUUAACCUCUGUACAAAAGGGUCAGACCUGUUUGCGUGGGUAGAUCAUGGCGCCACUGUUGCAUUACCUCAUCUCACCCACAGGGGUCAGCAUUAUCUGUAAAAGUGCAUUGUUAACACAGAACUACACAUUAAACCUCCAGUGUGUUAGCUUAACAGCCUCAAUCUUCUCGAUGCUGGCGAUGCAGAACGCUUAUAGUGCCUAAUGGACUCCCUGAACCUCACCAGAAAGGUGUGUCUGUGUCCUAAAUCAGAGUUUUUGAUGAGCUUGAACUAAACUACCACUACACAAUGAUUUGGACAGGAGUGAAGCAGGUACUAAUGCUAAUAAUGAAUGAAGGGUAUCCAAUUCUGUACGUAAAGGGCAAGCCUGGGCUUCUCCUGGAUCUCGCAUAUGGUGCAAACAUGGUACCUUUAGCACUUACUGAAUAAAGCUGAAUCCUUUACUAAAAAAAACCUGUAUUCGUAAAAAUGAUUUCCCUUGCACAUAUCCUUUUUCUAGAGAAAUUCAAUUUUAUUUUGAUAGAUAUUGAUAAAGUGUACCACACCUUUCCUCCUUAAACUAUUAAACAUUGUUUUGGACCAGUUGUUCUAAACGGGGGAACAAAAUCAUAUGAGGUACAAAAACCUGCGAUUUAUAUCAGACAUUUUCUCAGGAUGUGGUUUAACAGUGGAGCGCCAGAGUUCUUGCGCCUAAUUUCAGGUUACUUGGAUGUGAUAAUUCAAUGGAUUCAGUACGGUGCUAUUGUUACAAAUAACCACUAGUUUGUCACUAAGAAGUAGAUUUUGUACAGGAAAACAAACAUACUUCAAGUUGAGGAAGACUGUAAUAAUUUUGGUUAAUUGUGAAAAUUAAUACAUUUGUAGACCACUGAUGCUGUUUCAUUUUGUUUUGUCCCUCUUUGAUGGAAGCUGGCCCUGCCACUCAUUAAAAUACCUUAGACAGAAAUCUGUUUUUUAGUCUUGAAUCCCAGACUAUCACAUUUUUAUAUAAAAUUGGGCAUUAAACAAAUGUACAAUCACAAUUUCACUAAACCUCAUAAAUUACUUGGUUCUUUGUUUGUCUUUUGCAGCUUGUUACUUGAACGUAAACUGAUUUUAAUUACUUAAAUUUAAUCCCAAUAGAUGAUGUCUGACAUUUUAAACAACUUUUAAAAGCCAUAACAUGUUUGUGCAUGAGUCGGGUACCAGCUGAUAAAAAAUGUAGUUAGUGCGACACUCAAAAAUAUACAAACAUGACGUUUAAGCAGGGUCUAAAUGUACCAAGGAGUUACAGAAUGCCGUAUUUCAUUCAGUAACAUGUGAAGGUUGUUUACCUUCAGUAGUAGUACCCUUUGGAACUGCUCAUUGUAAUUUGAUUGUUCUCCAUUAUAUGUGUUCUUAGAUGAUGAAAAAUCCAGAAAAACCCUUGAAAAAAAAUUAUUAACACAUUAAAACAGUUGGGGUUAAUAUAAACUAAUGUAACACUAGUGACUGUAAGUUUUGCAAUAAGAGCUGUUGUAAUUUGAUAACGGCUAAAGGCCAUCAAGAGCCAUCGUUUUAUCCUCUAAUUACCACCAUUAUAAGUCAUGAACAGUAGGUUCUACUAUUUGCAACUCCUUAAAAGGUGUCAAAUGGUAAGCAGCCUCCAUAAUGGUUGUUUCCUGUGAACCUUGAAAGCUGAGCCAACUACCGUAGCCUCCUGCCUUCCUUAGAAUCAACUAGUGAAUAUUUUUUUUUAUAUUCCCCACCCAAUUUGAGUGGGUCAGCUCCCAGCAUCAAAAAGGGACUUCUUUUCCUUGUAACUUAUUCUUCAUAAUUUAUUUUGUGUAUAUUUGUUUAUUUCUACUGUAUAGAUUUCCUUGUGUGCAAUUUUUUGUAACCGUGUUCUGUUUUGUCAGUACCAAGAUUGUGCCAGGAUACAUGACUCAUACUUACAGCCCCACAGAUACAGACAACUGUUUUUUGGAAGCAUUUGCUUGAAUUCUAUAAGGUUAGGCCAGCCCUUUUAUUUUUGUUAGCAAGAUGGGCGGCCGUUUGACAUACACAUCUUUCUUUUCAAAAAAGAAAAUGUAGACCCACAGUAUUAAGUAGGUUACUAAUAUAAUAGAAUGGUUUAAUACUGACUUUAGGAAGUAUGUUGGCUAGUUUACUCUAUUUGAAGUACAAUAUUUGAAGCGAAUGUAAUACAUAUUCCCACUAUCCCCUGUGAAGGCACAACUCUGGUUCUUGCACAAUAAUCUGUGUUUGGCAUGCUUAGUAAAACUAAUUGGGCUAUAGAGAUUGGAAAAACAGGCUGCUGUAUUGGACACAAUCAAAUGUCAUAUUUAAAAUACAGGGAUGGAAAUAAUGCUCCCAUUGCAUAGCAGUUGAAUUCAUUCCUGGUUUAAUAAGACACACCUGAGCUUGUUACCUAUAUAAGAACAUAAGAACAUAAGAAAGUUUACAAACCGAGAGGAGGCCAUUCGGCCCAUCUUGCUCGUUUAGUUGUUAGUAGCUUAUUGAUCCCAGAAUCUCAUCAAGCAGCUUCUUGAAGGAUCUCAGGGUGUUAGCUUCAACAACAUUACUGGGGAGUUGGUUCCAGAUCCUCCUUGUUUCUUUUUUCAGGUCGAAAAAGUCCCCUGGGUCGACAUUGUCAAUACCUUUUAGAAUUUUGAAUGCUUGAAUACUAUGACAGGAGUCUCCAACCCUGGUCCUGGAGAACCCCCAUCCUGCAGGUCGUGUAUUUACAUCAUCAGUGGCUAAAGAUCUGGAACACCUGUUAAUCUUGACUAAUUAAGCUGAUAAUUGGUUCAAUUAAGUAACUGAGAAACUGGUUGAAACCAAAAAACAGCAGCCACAGUAGCUCUCCAGGACCAUGGUUGGAGACUCCUGUGCCAUGGGUAACCAAACAUCAAGUAAAACCUGCAAUGGGUGUAACUGCUAUGCAAUAGGAGUCUUAUUUCCAUCCCUGAUUAAAUAUUAAUUGCCUUCAUUUCCAUUACUUUGCAUGUUUAUGACAGUGAUGUCAAAGGCCUUUUAUGUUUUGGACUUGCAUAAUAUAACAACAGACCCUAUGUGAUCUCAAUGCACUGGAAAGUAAUUUAUAUAUGUGUGUAUAUAUAUAUAUUUCAUACAUGUCCCUGGUUUCUGGUGUAAAGUACACUUAUCAUUUUGUUUGUAAUAAAACACAAAACUGGAUUUCUGUAAUUAACAAUUGGCUUCAGGAAUUAGAUUUGUAAUUAAUUUGAAGAAAACCACAGUGGUUUCAUUUUGUGUUUUGUCUGAGGGAAUUUCUGGCCUGUGCUAGAACUCAACCUAUAUCUUUCAAGAACACACUCGUAAAUCAGAUGUUUUAUCAGGUUAAUAAUGCCUGUUUUUACUGUAAAAUGUUCCUGCUUCCUGUUUUCAUUGUUGAGGAACUGAUUCCUACAAAGGUUUAAAAAGUCUUCACAUCUGGGUGGAAUUUUUGAAAAGCUAUUUUUUUCUUUUUUAAAUGGCUUUUUAAAUGAUUAAAAAUGUAAGUAAAACAUUCCUGUGGUGACAAUAUACUUUUUUGUAAUCUUUUAUAAGAGAUAUCAACAAAAACACAAAGGCCAGUCACCAGAAAUUUCAGUCUGGAACUUAAGUAUGUUUGCUUUAAGGCUCUGGAUAUGCCUUGCAUUACUCCUUUGGUUUCGAAGACGUCUUGGGGACCACACAUUCUCUGUAUCCAAUAAACUGAGACCCAGUGAAAAUGUAGCAUUUUUUUAAAACAUUGACUGUGUGUCUUCGAGACUGUACUGUGCACUCCUUAACCAUAUAAAUACAGUUUGAAAGUGGAGAGUUUUGUAUUCGUGCAAUACCGCUGUAAAUUAGAGCUUGGCUCUUUUGAAUUGAUAUCUUUUCUCAGAUUUUGUUUUUCAAAUUGGUACCAUUUUUUUCAAUAAAAAUGCAGAAAGUGAAAAAA